AUCCUUCCCUCCCACUCCGGCCUCCGGGAGGGGGAUGCGGGCCGUGGGGGUGCUGGGGCUGGGGGCCCUGCUGGCCUGGCUGCCCCCCGCCCACACCGACACCUUCUCAGCGCUGCGCAGCGUCCGUCAGGCGCGGGGCAAUGAGGGGCGGCUGCUGCGGCGGCUCCGUGCGUACCUCCGGGAGGAGAGCACCCGGCUCCGCCGCCUGAGCAGGUUCUAUGAGAAGGUCCGGGCACUGCACCAGGACCCCGGAGCCUCGGUGGACAACCCCUUGUUGGCCUUCAGCCUCAUCAAACGCCUGAGCUCCGACUGGCCCAGCGUUGUGUACAGCAGCGAGGCCACCGAAAACAGCCGUGCGCUCCAUGUUGGAUUCCAGGAGUUGCAACGGGAGCUGCCUGGAGCUGAGGACCUGGACGGGGCGGCGCGGGCGCUGAUGAGGCUGCAGGAUGUCUACGCACUCAGCGUCAAGGGAAUGGCCAAUGGCCUCUUCCAGCCCACCAGCACCGACCGCCCACCCCUGUACAGCCCUGGCAGGCGUGUCUCACUCUCGGCCGAUGACUGCUUCCAUGUGGGCAAGGUGGCCUAUGACACAGGUGACUACUACCACUCCAUUGCAUGGCUGGAAGAGGCCGUCAGCCGUUUUCGCCUCUCCUAUGGCAGCUGGAACCCGGAGGAGGAGCGGGGCAGCCUGGAGGAUGCGCUGGACUACCUCGCCUUCUCCUACUUCAUGGCUGGAAACAUCUCCCAUGCAUUGACUCUCUCCAGGGAGUUUCUUCACUAUGAUCCCAGCAACCAGAGGGUGACGAGGAACGUGGCCAAGUAUGAGAAGCUGCUGGCAACACAUGGGGACCGCGUGGGGGCACCCCUGCAGCGCCCCAAUGUCACCCAGCUGCAGAACCGGGAUGCCUACGAGGAGCUGUGCCAGGGCCUGGGGGCACAGAUGGCCCCGGAGCGGCCCUCACACCUUGGCUGCUCCUAUGAGACCAAUGGCAGCCCCUACCUCCUGCUGCAGCCUGCCAAGAAGGAGACGCUGCGGCUCCAGCCCUACAUUGUGCUGUACCACGACUUUGUCAGCGAUGCCGAGGCUGAGACCAUUAAGGGACUGGCAGGGCCCUGGCUGCAGAGGUCUGUGGUCGCCUCUGGAGAGAAGCAGCAGAAAGUAGAGUACCGGAUAAGCAAGAGUGCCUGGCUGAAGGACACGGCCGACCCCGUGGUGCAGGCGCUGGAGCUGCGCAUGGCAGCCAUCACCGGCCUGGACCUGCGGCCACCCUACGCUGAGUACCUGCAGGUGGUCAACUAUGGGCUGGGCGGCCACUACGAGCCCCACUUCGACCACGCCACGUCCAGGAAGAGCCCCCUCUACAGAAUGAAGUCGGGCAACAGGAUCGCCACGGUCAUGAUCUAUCUGAGCGCGGUGGAGGCGGGUGGCUCCACUGCCUUCAUCUACGCCAACUUCAGUGUGCCAGUAGUUAAGAGAGUCACAGCUGAGCCUAUCGCAAUACCAAAUCCCAGUCUGCAGCUCCCUGAUGUAUUGGGGUGCCCAAGUCCAGCCCUGGAUCUCUGGGCUUCAUUCUAGGGGUGCCACACCCAAAGUUUGGGCCUUUCAGCUUUCUCUUAGCAGUGUCAAACCCCAACCCCGUAACUCCCAGAUCUGGGGUGCGUACCCAACUCCUCAUUUUGGGGUGCUGAUCCUUAACCCUGAAGCUCCUACCCGUGUCUUGGGAUGACAAUCCAACCUCAAGGCUCUCAGCUCCGUUUAGAGGCGCCAAACUGCAGCCCUGGGAGCCCAGCUGUUGGGAUCCUGGCUUAGUUUUGGGGUGCAAAACUCCAAUUCUGGAGCUCCCAGCUCUGUUUGUGGGGUGCAUAGCUCUGGGAUCUCUCUUUUUUUUUUUU